AUGUCGUCCUCCUUCGAGAUCAGGGAGCACGUUGUUGAGGCUCAACAUAUUCGCGAAUAUCCUCGAGCUACGGCGCAUUCUCAAGAAGAGGUCCUGUAUCUCGCAGUCAAACAGUACAUUCCGAAGAAUAACCCAAACCCUCAGCCUGGAGAUGUCACCAUCAUUGGCGCACAUGCAAAUGGCUUUCCCAAGGAAUUGUAUGAGCCAAUGUGGGAGGAUCUUUUGAAGUUAUCCGCCACGCAUGGUUUCAGGAUAAGGAGUAUCUGGAUAGCCGAUGUGGCAUGCCAGGGACAGAGCGGGAUCAUCAAUGAAUCCAAGCUCGGAAACGACCCCUCAUGGAUUGAUCACUCCCGCGAUCUGUUACACAUGAUCAAUCACUUCCGGACAGAGAUGCCACGUCCUCUGGUCGGUGUUGGUCAUUCUUUCGGCGCGACCACACUCACACACCUUGGGCUUCUGCACCCUCGUUUACUCUCUGCGGUCGUUCUCAUGGAUCCUGUGAUGAACUUCUCGUCUCGGGGCCCGUCAUUCGGCAUGGAUCCAAUGUCACUGUCUGCGAAGCGAAGGGACCUCUGGCCUUCCCACCAAGAGGCUGUGGAUUCUUUCAAGAAGUCAAAGUUCUAUCAGUCGUGGGACCCCCGAGUCCUUGAUGCCUGGAUCAAAUAUGGUAUCCGGACCACACCCACCCUUCUCUAUCCCGACGAAAAAGAUGCAGGCAAAGCUACUCUGACGACAACCAAGCACAUGGAAGUAUUUACAUAUCUACGCCCUUUGUACCAGGCCGUGGAUGAAAACGGAAAGAGAAAGAUGGAUUCGUCCAAGCUCCCAGAUAUCACUUACUCGAACAUCUGGAAAUUCGGCAGUGGCAAGUUCUACCGACCAGAAGCACCAAACACGGCCAUGCAACUGCCACAGCUCAGACCCUCUUGUCUAUACAUCUUUGGCGGGACUAGUGCCAUGUCGACCCCGAGUCUACGGAAAGAGAAGCUUGAACUCACUGGUACCGGCGUCGGGGGGAGUGGGGGUGAGAAAGAAGGCAGAGUCAAGGAGGCUGUCUUGGAGGAUGUCGGACAUCUUGUUGCAAUGGACCGGCCCAAGGAAUGUGCCGAGUUUGCCGCUUCGUGGAUCGGGGCCGAGGUGAAACGGUGGCGUGCAGAGGAAGAGGAGCUCCAGUCGUGGUGGAAGAAGAGUUUAAGAGAGAAGCAACUCAUCGAUGACGAGUGGAUGGGUUGGGUCAACGAGGCAAGGGACGAGGCAAGGAAGGCCAAAUUAUAG